AUGCAUGGAGAUCUGACAAGACUACAUCAACACUUGAUGACGAAUUACAGCACGAAAUUCCGCCCAACCUUGAAUCUCUCGGAGCCAACAAAAGUGAAUAUCGGAUUUUAUCUUCUCUCAUUGAAGGAAUUCGAAGAAAAGAAGAGCAAAUUUUCUAUUGUUGGAUUCUUUGCAAUGUUCUGGCAUGACUUUCAAUUGGAAUGGAACCCUGAUGACUUUGGUGGCAUUGAUCGUAUGAUGUUUUCACAGAAUGAGGUGUGGAAGCCAGAUAUUUUACUUUUGAAUCCAUUUGAGAAAAUUGAACCUCAAGGCUUUGACAAGCUGAAAGUCCUUGUAAGUAAAGAGGGAUAUGUAUUCUGGUCCCCUCUAGAUGUGUAUGACAUUACGUGUCCAGCUGACGUCACAUACUAUCCGUUCGAUCAACAAACGUGUUCAUUUUAUUUCAGUAUGUACAUGUAUUCAGUGUUUGAAGUGUUUUUGGAACCAGAACGUUCCGAAAUUGACAUGUAUUAUUAUACACCAAACACUCUAUGGGAAAUGAAAGUUGCUAAUACUCAUGUCUCAACUAUCAUGGCUUCCCAGACACUGUCACUGACUAUGGUCUUCCAGCGACGACCAAUGUUUCAAGUUAUAAACACAAUUGUACCUUUCUGUAUUUUGGGCCUGUUGAACAUCAUGGUGUUUCUUCUUCCGGCUGAGUCCGGUGAACGUGUUGGAUUUUCCGUUACCGUUCUGCUAGCUAUUGCUGUGUUUAUGACUAUCGUGGCGGACACUCUGCCUGGAACCAGUGAGCCUUCUUUCCCUCGAUUAUGUUAUCUCUUGAUAGCAGAACUUGGUAUCAAUAUGCUUGUGACAAUUUGUACUAUUUUAGUAUUAAGACUGCAUCAUAAACCCCAGCACCAGAAGAUUCCAUCUUGGUUGACAUAUAUCAUUUGUAAAAGUUUUUGGGGCAACAUUAAAGAAACCGAAAAGCAAAUCGAGGAAAACAACAAACAUCUGAACAGAGAAAACAAUAUCCGUAAUGAAACAGCUGUGACUAAAAUUCAGGAAUUCGAUGGUGCCGAGAUAGAAAACAAGAGGGAUCACAAAUGCAACUGCAAUGGAAACGGAAUGAUGCAAACAAAAAGAAAGCACAUUUAUUGUGAAACAUCAUGGCAGGAUGUGGCAAAAUUUCUCGAUGUAUUUUUCUUUGUUUUGUUCAUAUUAAUUUUCGGAUCAAGUAAAAUAGCUGCUUAUUUUAUAUUUACAUAA